AUGGCUCUCAAGGAGCGUCAUUACUUGACCUCGCCAUCCCUCAUCGCAAAAUAUCCGACCCCGUGGACAACCAUAUACGCCACCCGCGACCGGAGCUCGUUCAUCACGUCUGUGUCUCUUGAUCCCGAGACAUUUGUCCUCUUGCUCGUCUCCUUUGCCAAGCACUACCAACUGCGGGAAUGGGGAGUUCUUAUCAGCCGUGUGGAACCACUUGUGCGUGCCGUGGGGGGCUUCCUUGACGGCAAAAACUACCCCGUGAAAGCACCAACAGCAGUGGACCUCCAGAAUACGUACUACAAUGGGUGGUUGCACAGUACCUUUGUAACUGGCAUGCUGCUGUUCGGUGCGGACGGAACAAUCGUAUAG